CGGAUUCUAUGCCAUAUUGGUGUGUGUAAAAAUGUCCAACAAUAAAUACACGAUACUUAGAAAAUUACAGCAGAACACAAGGUCUUCAUUCGAGUUAAAAUUGACUUAAUUAUCACGCAAAUCGAAAGGCGGCUUGUUCUGCUACCGAUGCCACCGAACACAUGGAAACCGAUGAACAAGAACCUAAGCAAAGAAUCAGUGUGGCAACAACGGAAUUAUUUCAAAGCCAACUAACCAGUGCUGCUGGUGCCGAGAGUGCAACAUUAGCUGAGAGUGACCGUUUGGCACAAGAGUUAGCACAUACACGGCGAGAGCUGGAACUUCUACAGACAAAGCCGCGCGACACAAUUGAAGAAUCAGAGCUUGAUACACUUUGCCUUAUUAAUAUUGCUAACAAAGAAGAGAUUGAGAAUGCACGACUGGAGAUCCAAACUCUUCGGAUAACAAAUGAACAACUGCAGAGCGAACAAAACCGGCUUACUGGUGACUUGCUGACCAAAAAUGUUGAAAUAGACGAAUUGAAGAAAGAAUUAGCAAACACGCGCGAGAAAUCAGCUUACGACCUUGCUGGGGCUACGACGAAAAUCCAAAGUCAAGCAGAUAAAAUAGAAAAUCUUAUAAAAGAGUUGCGUAACUUCACAUGGACUAUCAAUACUGGCGAGGAAAAGUUGAAGGAAUUAAACAGGCAAAUGACGCUGUCCGCACAGAGACAUGAAAAUGAAAUGAAGAAGUAUUCGGAAAUAGUAAGAGCGCGGGACGGUACAAUCAAGGAACUAGAUGCCUACAAUGCAGAUCUAGAAAAGCAGCUGACAGUAAUAAAAAAGAAUUUAGAUUUAUCUGAAAAAGAAGUUGCUGAAUUUCAACUCAAGAAUGAAUGCCUUCAAAGGGAAAUCGAAGAUUAUAAGAGCAUGUUGGAAAAGUACAUGGCGGAAGUACACAGUCAAACGGAGACGAUCCGUUUAAUACAGGAAGCAAAUAUAGUCCAAAGUCGUAGCUUUACCAGUUUGCAUGAGGAUCUUGCGAGGCUAAACAUCGACAAAGAAAAGAUCCUAAGAAAAAAUGAUGAAUUUCAAAACCAGCUGAAGAUAAAAAAAGAUGAAUUAUCAAUAGAAAAAGCGAAAACAAAUAAAAAUAAGCCGGAAAUAGACAGUUUAAAAAAAGAAAUUCAUUCGAACAAGGAAGCACUUCAUAAUGAAAGACAUAAAUGGAAUACGGAAAAACAAAAGUUAGAGCAAAUGUGCAGUUCCGCUAAAGAAGAUACCAAUCAAAUCACACAUGCUUUUAAUACAAUUAAUCAGGAGUACAACACUGUGAAAGAGACGCUGAGGAAAACAGUAGAUGAAAGAGACGAACUUACGAUGAGAUUAAGCAAACUGGCAAGUGCCAGUUUAACACAUAAUAAUCCCAACAUUGCUGAUCUGAGUGACCCUAAUCGUCCAACAAAACUUUCGGAAGCAUUCUCCGAGCUGUAUGAUAACGAAUGGACAGAUGCUUUUGAGGGUAUUAAAGACAGUGAUGAUCGAACGACAGUCAACGGUCUAUUAACCAUGCUUCAGAAAGCGUACGAAUUUAGCAUAACUCUGACAGAACAGGCUACAAAAGAAAUGGGUGGAACAUUCACGCAUUUGAGCUUGAAAUACAAAAUAGGCUCCAAAGAAAAGGCUAUACACAGCAAUCCAUAUCGUAAUGCAGAAACACAAAUUGCAGAUACCACUGAACAAAGAGAUACGUCUGAAACAAUUAUUUACGACAAAUCAAAAGCAUGCCCCGAACACGCCAAACACGUCAAAUCUGACUGUGAUGCAAUCGGAGAUACGGGAAGUAGUUUGUCGCUUGAUAAAGAGAAUACAGAAUCGAAUACGAUAUUGAUGGCAGAUCCACGACAUCAUGAAGUAACAGCAGAACAAGCACUUCCUGUUGUUGAAUAUAAAACGGAUAUGACAUAUCCAACACACCUGUGCACUCAAGACGAUGAGCUGCAUGUCAAAGAUACAAAUCGAAACAUGCCUGCUCAUGUAGAUAUGGCCGUACAAGUAGAUGUAGAUGAGAUAGAAGUAGGAACAUACGUUGCAACAGUUUCGUUUGAUUUAAACAAAUUGAACCCUAAUGAAAAGCAAACCAUCAAAGAUAUCCGAAAACGAGUACUGCAUGACCUUAAGGAUCAAAGUAUUCCGAUGAUUGCUAAUGCAGUAGUUGAGGAGAUGAAUUUACAAGGUUGCGAUGACAGCAUUUUGACCUACGUGAAGACAUGCGCAUCCAUUUGUUGGGAAAUGCGAAUCCACCAACCUCCCGUCUGUCUGGAUUUUAAAGAUAUUGAUGAUCGUACACUGUUUAAUACAUCGAUCUAUAAACACUACACAAAAAGUGGCCCUAACGUUGAUUACGUUGUGUGGCCGGCUAUGUACUUAAAUGAAGGAGGACCGUUGCUUAGCAAAGGCGUCGCACAGGGGAAAUAACUUGGCACCAAGUUAAUGUUGGAAGUGUACAAGUACCGUUUAAUUACAUAUCAAAGUUUCCAUUAUUUGUCUCUACUGGUACUACAAGUUUCAUUCACAAAUGUUGUGUACAAUACUAAGUGAAAAAGUAUCUUUACUGUACUUUUAUUUCUUCAGCUAUAUCUGUAUUUAUACAGAUUGUUUAUAAUAUGUGUUUACUUUCCUACAUUUGUGAAAGAAAUUGUUUAGUGAGUUCGUAAAAUUUGUUUAACAAAGUACUGUCGUUUGCUACACAUUUCGGUACGUGAUAUGUCUGGAACUUAAAUCUUUUCUUUAAAUUUGGAUUGCUUAGGUUGUCAUAAUUAACAUAUUCGUUUUCACCAACAGUGUCAUCGUCACUCAGCUAUCCUUCUUUUGUCGGCUGCAUAUAGCAGCACAAAUCCUUUUUCAGUCACAAAUGCGUUUAUUGUAUUUUUUCUGACAAACAAAUGAUGAUGAAAUAAAUUACUUCUACAGUU